AUGUCUGGUCGUGGUAAAGGUGGUAAGGGUUUGGGCAAAGGAGGAGCCAAGAGACAUCGCAAGGUGUUGCGUGACAACAUCCAGGGUAUCACAAAGCCUGCAAUCCGUCGUCUGGCUCGUCGAGGUGGUGUGAAACGCAUUUCAGGAUUGAUCUACGAGGAGACUCGUGGUGUUCUGAAAGUGUUUCUGGAGAACGUGAUCCGUGAUGCAGUCACCUACACAGAGCACGCUAAGAGGAAGACAGUGACAGCUAUGGACGUGGUGUACGCUUUGAAACGCCAAGGUCGUACUUUGUACGGUUUCGGUGGUUAA